CUGCGAUCUCGAAGCCGUGCUGCUCUUGUUGCUGCUCCUGCUGCUCUUCCUGCCUCUACACGACAUUGGCGCGCGUCGCCUCGUACAGGAGACACUGCGACCAGCACCGCCAUCACCGAACCAUGACAUGACCCGACGACGACAACGAUACUAGGCAAUGGCGUUCGACGGAACCAACGGCCUCGGCACCUCCACCGACGGGGCGCUGAGCGGCCUGCCUGGCAUCGGCGACGACAGCCUGCUGCCCAUCUUCGAUGUCGAGCGGGUGCAGCUGCAGUUCAGCGUCGCCGCCGACUUUGUCGCCGCGCAGGUCGCCAACAACGUCCUCGUCCUGGCCCUCUCCAACGGCCGCAUCCUCCGCAUCGACCUCAACCGCCCCGAGGACAUUGACGACAUCGACCUCCCCAAGCGCGUCUCCGAGAUCGGUGUCAUCCGCCGCCUCUUUCUCGACCCGACCGCGUCUCACCUGCUCAUCUGCACCAGCCUCGGCGACAACUACUACCUCCACACCCAGAGCCGCCAGCCCCGGCCGCUCAGCCGUCUGCGCGGCGUCGUCAUCGAGAGCGUCGCAUGGAACCCGAGCCUGCCGACCUCGACGACGCGCGAGAUCCUCAUCGGCGCCGCAGACGGCAACAUCUACGAGUCCUUUAUCGAGACGUCCACCGAGUUCUACAAGAAGGAGGAGAAGUACCUCAAGGCUCUGCAGAAGCUGCCGGACGGGCCCAUCACGGGCCUGUGGGUGGACAAUGUCGGCGGCAAGGCGGACGUCAGGCGGGUCCUGAUCGCGACGCAGACCCGGAUCUUCCACCUCGUCGGCAAGAUCGGGAGGUCGGGCCACCACGAGGGCAGCGGGUCGGUCUACACGAAGCUGUUCGACGGCGAGCAACCAGUCGUCCAUGAGCUGUCCCGCGCCCAGGCGGCCGCGCCCUCCGCCGUGGCGGUCUCGCCCGACCCGCCGUCCUCCAGCACCAACGCAUAUGACCCGACCGCCGUGGAGAGGGCCUACGCGUGGCUGUCCUCUCAUGGCGUGUAUCACGGCAAGCUUCUGGCAACACCUGCCAACAACGAUCUGGGGAACAAGGUCUUUGCCGACUCGAAGCUGCUGCCUAGGGCUCAGCUGGCCACUACCGACCCAAGCAAUCGCAGACGUGGUGGCUCAGACCAGAUCGACGCCAUUGCCUUGACACAAUGGCACAUUAUAAGCCUUGUGGGAGGCAGAGUCGUGGCCGCGAAUCGACUGACUGGCUCUGUGGUGUAUGACCAGACGAUCCUCGAGCCUGGACAGAAAGGCCUCGGCUUGUAUGUCGACCAGCAAAAGAAUACCUUUUGGCUAUUCACUGCGCAAGACGUCUUUGAGAUUGUCGUCCACGAGGAAGACCGCGACGUGUGGCGGAUCAUGCUUGAGCGACAACAAUUCGAUACGGCCUUGCGAUACGCGCACACGCCAGCCCAGAAGGAUGCCGUCUCAGUGGCCUCCGGCGAUCACCUGGCAGAGAAGGGCAUGUAUAUCGAGGCCGCCGCCGUCUACGGCAAGAGCAGCAAGCCCUUUGAGGAUGUGGCGCUAGCCUUCAUCGACAACGGCCAGAGCGAUGCGUUGCGAAAAUAUCUCAUCACGAAGAUCAACACGUAUAGCAAGGCGUUUGUCAUGCAGAGGAUCAUGAUAGCGACCUGGCUCAUUGAGGUGUUCAUGGCGAAGCUCAACUCGCUGGAGGACACCAUCACGACUGAAGCGGAGCUCGUCGAAGACCUGAGCAUAGCGCAGUCCAAGAAGCAGCUGGAGACUGUGCGGAAGGAGUUCCAGGACUUUGUCACCAAAUACAAAUCGGAUCUGGACCGCAAGACGACAUAUGACAUCAUCAGCAGUCAUGCGCGGGAAGAGGAGCUGCUCUUUUUCGCCAACGCGGUCAACGACUACAACUACGUCCUGUCCUACUGGGUACAGCGAGAGCGGUGGACAGAGGCUCUUGUGGUGCUCAAACGACAGACGGACCCGGAGGUGUUCUACCGGUACAGCAGCGUGCUGAUGACACAUGCCGGGCACGACCUCGUGGAGAUAUUGAUGCGGCAGUCCAAGCUGGAGCCUCGGAAGAUAAUACCUGCCCUGCUGGACUACAACAGGACGUUCAAGGGAACGCUACUGCAGAAUCAGGCGGUCCGUUAUCUGCAGUACGCCAUUUCUCAGCUGCAGACGUCGGACGCGGCCGUGCACAACACGCUGGUCUCGAUCUACGCCUCGCACGAGUCCAAGGACGAGUCGGCACUGCUUUCAUAUCUCGAGUCGCAAGGCGAUGAGCCUCACUUUGACCCAGACUUUGCCCUGAGACUGUGCAUCCAGCACAAGCGCACGCUCUCCUGUGUGCACAUCUACACCAACAUGGGCCAGUACGGGCAGGCUGUGGAUCUGGCGCUCUCGCACAACGCGGUCGACCUGGCAGCCAUCAUUGCAGACCGGCCCAUGACGAACCCGGCGCUGCGCAAGAAGCUGUGGCUCAAGGUGGCGCAAAAGGUCAUUUCGCAGUCCGACGGGAUCAAGACGGCCAUCGAGUUCCUGAAGCGGUGCAGCGACCUGCUCAAGAUUGAGGACCUGAUCCCCUUCUUCCCUGACUUUGUCGUGAUUGACGACUUCAAGGAGGAGAUCUGCACGGCGCUCGAGGACUACUCGCGGCAGAUUGAGGGGCUGAAGCGCGAGAUGGACGAGUCGUCCCAGACGGCGGCGAACAUCAAGACGGACAUUGCGGCGCUCGACCACCGCUACGCCAUCGUGGAGCCCGGCGAGAAGUGCCACGUGUGCUCGCUGCCGCUGCUGAGCAGGCAGUUCUUUGUGUUCCCCUGCCAGCACGCGUUCCACAGCGACUGCUUGGGCAAGGAGGUGCUCAAGCAGGCCAGCUUCUCCCGCGCGCGGCGCAUCCGCGAGUGCCAGGUCGCCAUCAGCAAAGGCAUGGUGUCGGGCCAGCGCAAGGAGGAGAUGGUGCGAGAGCUUGAUGGGCUGGUUGCUGCUGCUUGUAUUCUCUGCGGCGAGCACGCCAUCAAGCUCAUCGAUGAGCCGUUUGUCUCUGCACAGGACGACAUCAACGAAUGGGCUCUUUGAAGCUUGGAGACGUCCCAUAGAUAGCGCUUGCUUGCCUUUGCACGUACCAAAUGGAUAUGGGACACGUGGGUGUAAUCGUCCGCUUAUUAUACAUCUCUCUUAAACUUACGGAAACUCAAUCAGCAAACUAGAAAGGUCCAGGUUGAUGUGUCUGCAUGCACACGAGAGAGAGAGAGAGAGAGAGAGA